CUUCUCAUUGCUCUCUCAAAGGGGGCUGUCAGAGGAAUUUGACUGGAGGAGCAGCUCAGAAUUACAGAGCAAGAAUGAGCUCACACCAGCUCUGCCUCCAAUUUCUUUACUAGCUGCACUGGUUCCACCUCUGGCAACUUUUCUGGUGUGGACCACUGUUUCGACUCAAAACAUUUACCCGUUUUCAAAGGCUGCUUGCUUGUUUUUGGAACCACUGGACUUCUGGGGUAAACUAUGUCCCCUUCACCGACAGACCAUCUGCUUGUGCUUUGACACGUUCCUCUGUGUCAGCGAGUCUGGAUCUGUAGACCCACACCUCAGCUCAGUCAUUUCCCAUCCAGCCGUGUUAGAGGAUUAAGGAGAACAGCCGACGAUGUGGCGGUUGAAGGUACCACUCGGUCUCGCUUUGUUCACGCUCUGCUGGAUUUUAACGUGUGUUGGAGACACAGGGGCCAACGCCAUUGUCAGGUCUGGCCCAGCUACCAAAGGGAUCCGGGGCAGGCAGACAGCCCUGGCAGAUCAAAAGAGGAAAGAAUUAGAGAGACGAGGGUCAGAAGCCCUUCCAAUGGAUGAACCUGAUGGGGACAGGGAGGCUAAAAAGGACAAACCGGGUAAAAAGUCACCUGAAGAGGUUCUAGCAGCCAAGGCAAAGAAAGCAGCAGAGAAGGAGUCCAAGGCGAAGAAACCAAAAGCCCCCAAGCCCACCAAGAAGCCCAAGCCCACCAAGAAGCCCAAGCCCACCAAGAAGCCUAAACCACCAAAACCAACCAAGAAACCCAAACCCACCAAGAAACCCAAACCCACCAAGAAACCCAAGGCACCCAAGGCCACUCCCUGGACCAAACAGAAAGUCACCCCGCCUCCCGAGCGUAAGGCCGAGACUCCUCUGACCAAAAAAACAACCCUGGAAGAGGAAGAGGAGAAACUCUUUACAGAACUGGGAUUGAACAAAUUGUUUCCAACAGAAUCACAGACAGAAACUGAAAAGAAGAAGCCAGGUCAUGAUAUUCCCAUCAAGAAGGAAGGUCCAACGCUGCCUUCCAGUGCCGAGAUCCCGAAAGAGCACGAUUCUGAUUACUGGGAUGCCAGACAUGAGGUGCCGGAACCUGACCUCCUCCCUAAAGGCAAGGAGGUCACCACCAUAGAGGAUCCAAGCAUAUAUUUACCCAUCCCAGAGGAGACCACAACUCUGCCAUCUGUUGUCCCCUGGUAUGAGGAAUAUGAUUACUCUGACUUGGCAGCAAAGCAGCUGGAGGAGGAGAUAGAGAGGAAGCAGAAGGAGAAAACAGAAAAGGCUGAAAAACUGAGGAAACAAUGGGAGGAGGAGGAGGAGGAGGAAGAAGAAAAAAGAAAACAGACUUCUGUCUACGUCGAACCGAAGAAGUGUCCUCCUCUCGGCCUGGAGUCUCACCGUGUGGAGGACGACCAGAUCCUUGCCUCCUCCAUUUCCCAUCAUGGCUUUGUGGCUCAGAGAGGACGUUUGAACAUGCAGAGCUCAGACGACGAGGAUGACGUGUAUGGAGGAGCCUGGUGUGCAGACAGUGAAGAGAAGGAACACUGGUUCCAGCUAGACGCCCGUCGAGAGGUGGAAUACACUGGAGUCAUCACCCAGGGGAGGAACUCGGAAACACAAGAUGACUUUGUGUCGUCGUAUUUUGUGGCCUUCAGCAACGACAGCCGUGAUUGGACGGUCCUGCACGACGGCUAUGCAGAAUGGCUUUUCUAUGGCAACGUGGACAAAGACACUCCGGUGAAGACGGAGUUCGCCCAUCCCGUGGUGGCGCGAUACAUCCGCAUCCUGCCCCAGAGCUGGAACGGUAGCUUGUGCAUGAGACUGGAAGUGCUCGCCUGCCCUCUGCCCACUACGUACCACACCGAGAAUGAUGUCACACCCACCGACGACUUGGAUUACAGGCAUCACAACUACAAAGAGAUGAGACAGAUGAUGAAGGUGAUAAAUGAAGAAUGUCCCAACAUCACCCGGAUCUACAACAUUGGAAAGAGCUCACAAAAAAACAAGAUGUAUGCAAUGGAGAUCUCAGACAACCCAGGGGAGCAUGAGAUGGGCGAACCAGAAUUCCGCUACACAGCAGGACUGCAUGGGAAUGAAGUUCUGGGAAGAGAACUCCUACUACUGCUCAUGCAGUUCCUAUGUAAGGAAUACAAUGAUGACAACCCUCGAGUGCGCCGCCUGGUGGAUGGCGUGCGCAUCCAUUUGGUGCCCUCUCUCAACCCGGACGCUUAUGACCUGGCAUACGAAAUGGGCUCAGAAAUGGGAAACUGGGCACUGGGCCAUUGGACAGAAGAGGGCUAUGACAUUUUCCAGAACUUUCCUGACCUUAACAGCAUUUUGUGGGGUGCAGAAGACAGAGGCUGGGUUCCUCGUGUUGUGCCAAACCACCACAUCCCCAUACCUGAGAACUUCUUGAAUGGUUCGGUGGCUGUUGAGACUAAAGCCAUAAUUGCCUGGAUGGAGCGGACGCCCUUCGUUCUGGGAGCGAACCUGCAGGGUGGCGAGAAGCUUGUGGCCUAUCCCUUUGACAUGCAACGCCCACCACGGGCCACCAGCGCGGAUGGCAGAGGGGCCAGGCGAGGCGGCGGUCGCCCGGUUAUGGAGUACCACAUGAGCGAGGAGACGUGGGCUCGCAUCCAGAGGCAGGACGAAGGCGCCCUGAGAGAGACGGCCGACGAGAACAUGUUCCGCUGGCUGGCCGUGACCUACGCCCACAGCCACCUCACCAUGACCGAGACGUACCACGGCGCCUGCCACGCCGAUGAUGUCACGGGGGGCCAGGGCAUCAUCAACCGCGCCAGCUGGAAACCUGUUGUAGGCAGUAUGAAUGAUUUUAGUUACCUUCACACUAACUGCUUCGAGAUAUCCAUCUUCCUGGGCUGUGACAAGUUUCCUCACGAGAGUGAGCUCGCUCUGGAGUGGGAGAACAACCGAGAGGCCAUGCUAGCAUUUAUAGAGCAGGUGCAUCGUGGUAUCAAAGGUUUGGUAAGAGAUGUGGAGGGCAAAAUAAUCGCAAAUGCCACAAUAUCUGUGGAGGGCAUCAAACAUGACGUCAAAACAGCUUCCACGGGUGAUUACUGGCGACUUCUAAACCCUGGAGAGUACCGUGUGACUGCGAGAGCAGAUGGCUACACAUCUCAGACAAGGCUCUGCAUGGUGGGGUACGAGGCAGGCGCCACGUCCUGCAGCUUCACGUUAACAAAGUCGAAUUGGGCCCGAAUUCGAGAAAUUCUUGCCCAGAGCGGUAAGAAGCCAUCUCGAGUGAAUCCCAACAGUGAGACUGGGAUUACAAGUGUUGCUGACAAAAAAGGACCAGCAGCAAACCCCCAGAAUGAGCGCCUUCGACGCAUGCGUAUGAUUCGCCUGCGCAGAAUGCGACUGCGGCUGCAGAGGCAGAGAGCCAAUGUGACAACCACCGUGGCCACCACCACCACCACCACCACCACCACCACUCCAGUGCCCACCACAACCACGCUGCUAAUUACACCGAGCACCAACCCAUGGUAUGACUCCUGGUUUGUGAUGGACAGCUCAACCACAGUCUCCCCUGAUGAAGCAGAAUUCCAGGAGUACGAGCCUACGCAAGACUACAAUUUUGAGAUUGGAAUAGAAAAUUAUUAGGAUCAGAUAUCACUUCUGCGCAAGAAUAUACACAAAUAUUUUGAAGGUUUCCCACCUCGACAGUAUGUCGUUUCUAGAGAACUGUGACUGCAGAGGUUUGUCUUCAAGUUCUAGAGAGAAACAUAUUCUUACUGUGGAACAGAGAGAAUAAAUGUAACUGGAUAUUGUUCUGUUAAAAACUGGCAUCAAAGAAAGUUUAACAGUGACCAAAUAAAUAUAUGGUUUUCUAUAACAUGAUGUUAAAAGAAGAAUUCUUAAAAUCAAUCCACUUUGUCACCAAUUUGUAAAAGGGCACUCUUUUUGUAUUGUCACUUGUUAAAAGCCUUUUCUAAUAAAAACAUUUGAAUUUCA